AUGGAAGCCUCGAUAGAAGUAGAAGCAAACAGCGAAGCUAGCCAGGUAAUAUUAAUUUCAUCAUACUUGCAUGCAUGUAUUGUCUUCGUAGUAUAAAUUAGUAAUAAUAUGUAUAUAUAAUUGUACUAUAGUUUAUAUAAAGUACGUAUCUAAACGUAUCUAUAUUAAAUAUUGAUCAUGUGUUUAGCGAUCAUGAGUCAGUCCCUCGGCAACAUUUCUAUGCAAAAUUUCUACUGUUAACACAAAAACGUCGAUAUCUUAAAUCAGGCUAAAACAUGCAAACGUGUAUUUAAUUAAUCAAAGUUUUGAACGAUAUUCAGGUACAAAAGCAUGCAUUUUGAUUAACAUUUAAUAUAACAAUGAAACCGAAUAUUACACAGUCAGGUAGUCCAAAUUGCUUACAACAUUGGGUUUUAUAAUGUCGAGGUCUAUGUACUAUUUAAAUACUGCUUUGUACGAUUUAUAUAAAAAGUUUCGAAGGAUUUUCAAGAUGAUUGAAUGUGAUAAUUUAAUGAUGAAUUACUGCAAAAUUUAAGCACGACUAAAAUCAUAAUAUUUAAUACUGCUAUAUAGUCUAGCGAAAGCGAGUUUGAUACAUGAUUGUGUAAGAGGUUAAAUUGUUCUCAUUUUUCUUAUUUAAAAGUGAUUUGCGACACAGAUUUUUGUUGUGUUGGUUUGUCGUUUCUUUUUAUAGUGUGUAUUAUAUCUAGCUCAUUUUGGUUCAAUAUAUUCUUUACGUGUUACAUGUAAAUACGAUUUAAAAUGUCUUGUUUACGUUUGCUAUUUUUAGCAGUUCGCGUGACAUAAAACCACUGCAUGAAACUGACAUUUGAACUAAAAUUAUUUUCGGGUAGGUCGCGUAGUUUUGAAAACAGGUGUAAGCAAAUAAGCAAUUAACCCAUUGAGUCGCAUUGUGCCCUGAUGCACCCCACUUUAUUAUUUUACUAUGUCUAUACACCAGAUUAUUUUACUCUGUCUAAUGCCAGCUGACUUUACUCGUCAAGGGGAAAGCAUUUUUAAUAGCGCUUAGUUAAUAGGUUGAUAAAAACUAAACUUUAAAACAUUUAUGUAUAUAGGUGAAACAUUUUCUUCUUUCAAUUGGUGUUACCCAGGAUGUGGCACAGACAUUUGAGGAUGAAAAGGUUUGAAUAUGUCUAAUUAUGUUAUCUUUUAUAUAUUCUCACUUUGAAGUGAAUAUGUGCACAUUCAUUCAUGACUAUACUAACUGCGAGGAAUGUUUUGCCUGAGGCCUUUUCAUUAAUUGCUCAUAGGGGAGUUUAUUUUAAGUAAAAUUGAGAUACUUUAUCUUAACCUUGUUUCUAAACAAAUAAUAAUUUAAUAAUAAUAAUAUUUUAAUAUUAAUUUAACAACAACAACAAUAAUUAUUAUUAUUAAUAAUGGUUAUUAUUAUUUUAAUUAAUAUUAAUAAUUUUUUAAUAAUAAUUUUUAAUUUCUAAUUUUUUUUUUACAUAUUUUAUUUUUAAUAAACACGCUAAAAAUGCAACUGGAUAGUACUUACAUUAAACUGUUUCAUAAAUUUUCCAAUACAACGUACAAUUCAUACACACCCCUUUGGAAAUCUUCAUCUACCAUAUCAAUGGAAAUUGAAAAUAUAAAAUGUCUAACAAAAUCUGAAUUGCCAGCUUUCUGGAAGUUAUUUGCCUGUCUAUUUAUACCCUGACUUUAAAUUUUACUUUUAACGUUUAGUUGCCACAAGACUGCCUUAUAGAUGUUAUCCAGCAUGGGAAUGUCAGUUUUGAGCUUCUCCAUUUUAUAGGAGAUACUACACAUUGUAUCAAAUAACUGCUGAAAAUCUAUAAAUGAUAACAAAUGAGAAAUACAAAAAUUAAAAAAUAAAACAUAACCUGUGCAGAGUAAACUGAUUAUAUUAUCAGAUAAUACUUAUAUACUUAAUAAAUAACAUUUUCUGUAUAAGUGUAUUUUAAUAAAAAUAUAUAAAUGUUACCUAUUUUAGAUGACGUAUAAUGCCAUAUUAAAAGCGUCAGAUGAACAACUGAAAAAUUACCUUGGUCUCACAAGACUUGGUGAUCGUUUGUCCUUGCGAUCAUUCUGUGAAAAUCACCACGGCAAGAACGAUGGAUGUUCUAAGGCAGACACUGAUUUAAGAAAGAAGCGUUUGAUAGAAGAGCUAGCAAAAAAACGAAUUAAAAAACAGCAUACUGUACAGUCAGCUCAAAAAGGAAUAAGCGUUGCUGCAAAGAGCACAAGGAAGGUUGAACUUUCCUGGCUCCACUGUCGUAAGGGAAGUGCAUUCAAAGUAGUUAGAAUGAAAGAAGGAGGUGGAACACGUAAUGUUGAUAUCCCAAAAACUGCGAACAAAGAGGAAAUUGUCAAAAUUGCUGAAGGGGUGUUCUUCCCUGACGGAAAAUCCUGUUUUGGAAAAGCUAGUGAAAUGAAAGUUGAUUUGUUCGAUUUUAAGAAAGAAAAGAUAUCCAGCUCAAUAUUAGUAGAUGAUGAGAAUGUUCCAUUUACCUUAGGAUUUUAUAUUGAUUAUUUUAAGUUGUCCAAAAUCAGACUUCAUUUAUAUACAGAGAUAAAAGAAGACAGCGAUGAGCAUAGUGACGACUUGUUUGAUUCUGAUUCGGAUCAGGAUAGUUUUAUGAAUAUUUCAAUACUUCACAAUCCACAAUUACCAAACCGUAAUGAAGAACCUGACAUACUUCACAAAGAUGGUUUAAUUGGCUCAUCAAUACAGCGACAAGAGUUAAAAGAAUUGAUUGACAAUGCUUAUGAAGAAUCACUGGCGAUAGACCAGGCUAAAUCAUCUGUACAUGCAGGAGCUGCUGACGAAACGGAAAGUCAUCAAGAAGAAAGUAAGAAUGUAGAUGAUUUGAAAAGAAUUCGAAAUGAAAGAUUACCAAAGGAACCUUAUGCAAGUGAUCCACACUAUAUCGUUUCUGUAAGGCAUUUGUCUCUCGGCGUCCUGACGCGUAUGUUUUCGCUGGACGAUUCCGUAUAUUCUAUCUAUGACUGGAUAGGUUCGUUACCAGACUCACCAGAGCAUUUUCAGUUGUGUACCUAUUCAGGAGAUUGUGUGUCUCCCAGUGAAAGUGUAAAAUCUGUUGACAAGUGCAUGCUUGUUAUGGUUCCCACCAUAGAACCUGUAAUAUUCUCUCCAAAUGAGACAGUCAGUCUGAGAGGUUUUGGACCUCAAGGGGUAUUGGAUCCCAUUACAGAACAUUGCCCUAAUAAUUUUAUGCAGGAAGAUGACAACGGAGAAACAGAUGAUGAUCUGGAUCAUGAAUCGUAAGUUCUCAGUUUUUAUUCUUAUGAAAAUUAUUUCCAAUUCUUUUAAUAAAUUUGAGAAUAUUUUGAGUUGGAACCAAAGUUUGUGUUAUCGGCCACUUCAGCCUUCGAUAGAUAACACAAACCGAGGCCUUGCUAAUUAUUGUUAUCGUACGAAAACCGAAUUCAAUAAUUGUUUUAUUAUAUAUUCAAAAGCUACAACGAAAGCAAGAACCACCAGGAUUUUCGCACGCUUUUUAGCCAGCAAUGGACCGCACCGGGGCUUGGUAGCCACAGCGUGCAAUAAUACUUUUUUGGACCGAACUUCGGGCCACAAAAAAGUAUUAUUGCACACUGAUGGCGCUAGCAGCUGAAAUAAAGCGACGGCUUCAAGAUACCGAGAAUUAUUCGACACGUUUUGGCCAAUCAUGAACGAGAACAGACUUCGAAUAAUGAAUAUAUAAUAACAGAUAUUAGUAGACCUCAUGUUUCGCUCGAUACUCUGGUUUAAAUAAAUGAUGAAAAAGCCCAGUCGAAUUGUAAUCAAGACCCAAACGUUUCGACACUCCAGUCUAGUGUCUUCAUCUGGAGUGUCGAAACGUUGGGUCUUGAUUACCAUUCAACUGGGCUUUGUAAUUAUUUAUUUAAACCAGAGUAGCGAGCGAAACAUGAUUGAUAUAGCUGGUUGCAGUGAACGAACAAACUUUAAAUUAGUAGACCUGUUUUGAAUUUAACACAAUCCACAGUUGAAUGGUGAAUUGGUGAUACUUACACUGUGGAUUCACUGGAUUGUGAAGUAUAAAGAUUAGUUUCACUAGCGACAUAACAAAAUGUAAAACAAAGAAAUGUUAUGAAGUGUGCGACGUAACCAUUGGCAUUAUGAACAUAAGCACAACGGAAGCACAAGCAUAUAAGUACCAUAAGCAAGCUAAGCUUGUGCUUAUGGUGCAUAAGCACCAUAUGCACAACAUAAGCACAACAACACUUAUCAUGGUUGUCAGAUGUUGGGAUCCUGGGUAGCGGCGCUACCUGCAAGUUACUGAAGCUAACUGCAAUCCUUGGCCAGAAGGUCUUAUGCAUGCUUAAGUAGAAAAUUUCAUUUUUUCCGAAUACAUUCCGCAAUAUUUACCGACCAGAUUUAAUAAGAGUCGUACCCAAGACGUAAAUUCAUCAAAUGAUGCCAUCCAUAUCAAAAACUUAAAAUUUUCUGUUCUGUGGCCGAAUCCUAUUCGUCAGCCGACAAGAUUGUCGGCUUGAUAUACGAAAAUUUUUCAGCAAUUGGGUUUGAGCAAAUUAGUGGACACUCAAUUUUGACAAUAUGAAACAUAACUCAAAAACAUUUCUUCUGUGCCUGGUCGCAAUUUGUAAGCUUCGCAAGUUUGGACUACGCAGAGGGGACUUGGUGGGGAUUUAGUGGCUUUUCAGUGUCAUCGAAUUGGUUUUGUCAUUCUGCCGAAUUACGCCGGGAAGAUAAUGAGGAUUGUUAGGGGAUUGUCUGCAGCCAUUUUGUACUAUUUUGUACCGUUUUGUCCAAUGGAAUCCCCUGGUUCUACUAUUUUAUACCAUGUGACAAAGGUCAAGAUGGCGUGCUCGCAAGGAAGUGAAAUCGAGAGGAAUUUUAUAAAUAUAUUAUUAAUUUAAUUUCUUUUCAAUCUAUAUGCUAAUACCGGUUAAUAUGUCCAUCCAUCCAUGGAAUCUAUUGUCGUGGAAAGCUCGACAUUUGUUUGUUUAUAUUAAUAUGUUUUUAUUGUUCUGAGUUUUGGAACAAAAUAUUAAUAUUUUAAAAUGUGGACGAUUUAAUGCGGCGGCCCGGAGAUUGUCGAGGAGAUAUUAUGCAGGAGAUAAAUUCGCUCACACGACUUACAAUUUCCUCCUGGGGGUGGGGCAUUUUUUGUCUUUUGCUAGAAAAGUUUGUCCCACAUUGUGGGGCAUUUGUCUGUUUUGGUACGAUAUUCAAAGCCAAUCCCCACCUAUAUUCGGGAGGGGGGAGGUCGGUGUUUACUUUGACUGGUGCAUUAUGCGUAUGAAAACCAGGCUUAAUAGUUAUUAUUAAUUUGACGAUUUAUUUUAAUUAUUUAUAGGCACAAGAUCCCCUUAGCUGCGAUCAAGGUAUGAGUAUAAUAAGUUGACUGAUAUUUUUUUAUUUCAAAAUCACUGCUGAUACUCUCAAUCGUCUUUGCCCUUUUGUCCAACGAAUGAUAUUAAUAAUGAUAAUAAAAUUGACCUGUCUGAAACAAACUUGUUGGAAAAGUUUCCGUAUUUUGGUGUAAUUUUUAUCUACAAAAGCACUGCUUUUGUUCCAUAAGAAUGUUAAUUGAACUUCAUGUCGCAAACUUAUAAUAAAUUCGAAAUUGUGCUUUCGGUGAUUUCAGAUCAAACUGUCUAAUUUCAACAACAAUAAAUCCUGGUUUCCAUAUGGUCGUAAUGGUCGUAAAAAUAGAGUCACGAUCUUUCUCAGCGGUCAGUUUGUAAUAGUUUAUACCUGUAAACCACAUAUAAAACAUAAAUAUUCUCUAUUUAUAAUUAUCCGCGUAUCUUCAGUUCUAAAAUGUUGUAUUUCGGCUGAUAAUAAAGAUCGUGACUCAAUAUCUUUACGACCGUUAUCAUAUGGAAACCUAGCUUAAAACUGCAGAUGUAUGGCAGUAUGCGAACAUCAUUAUUGACGUACAGUACAUCGUUAUUGAGAUAUAUCAGUGUUUUGAUAAUGCAUUUCAAGCAUUUGACCUCACUUAAUUGUGUAUAAUGAUGCCUAAUGCUUUAUGAGAAAUUGAAUACUUUAAUAACUCAUAUAUGCGUGACGUCACCUGAAGUGCGUUAUCAAAAGAGCUUAAAUACCGGAACAUUAAUUAACAACUAAGCACAGACUGUAUAUCUGUAAAAGAAGUUAUUCUCUAGUCUUACGAGUUUAUUAAUUUUUAAAACCAUAUUAAUUUCCGUUUCAUAUGCACUUUAAUGUGUUUUUUAUGCUGUUUUUGUAGACGGGACUGAAAUAUGGACGAGAGCAAGCACUUGAUUUACUUGAAACAGUGCCCGACAUUACAUUGGAGAGAA